AUGGACAAAGAAGACCUCGAAGAGAUCGAUAGCGCAUCGAAACAGCUCUGGAUCAACGAAUCCGAUGCUUAUAUAGACGUUGUGAAAAGACCCGAUGAAACUACGUUGUUUUUUGGUAUAUUUUAUCUCGAUAAAUGGCGCGACCAUGACGUCAAACAAAAGCUUGAAAUGACAAGAGCCCAGUUGACGGAGUUGAUUGGUAUCUGGAACCGCUCUUAUCCGUGGGGAAACUUCGAAGGUAUAGAAGUUGGCAUAAUUGAGAAUUCGGACGAAAAACCGUUCUUAUUCGGGUCGCUUUGCGUGGAACGUCAUCAGGAAGCAGAAGAACGACUAGUUGUAUGUCUUUUACAAAAGCUCUCUGAGCAAUUAGAUUCCAGCUUCUUCAUCAAAACAUGCACUUCAGAGGGCGAGUUUCUGUUGAUGGAGUGUCACGACGUACUGCCGUCAGAAUAUCAGUAUCCUAUGGGCAACAAUCGAUUGUGGAUACACCAGGGAAAGUUCAAGUUCAUUCCUAGCGAUUUGGCUCCACGCAGAGGGGUCAGAAAGCAGGAAGCGCUGCGUUUUCUAACCAACGAAUACUUCAAACUUUCGGAGAAUCCCAGCGUCACAGAACGGAUCAAAAAAGUCACUGGACUGGCCUACUUUCCCGACUCUUACGUGGUUGAUAAUUUGGCUUCUUUGCCCUUGUGUCUGACCGAUAAAGCGCUGGAAUCAAAACUUCGCGAGAACCCGAAAGCUAUAAGCUUGGCUCUUAACAACAUUUACAUGAACGGACAGGAUACGAAAGAAACCGUAGAUAUCAGUAAACUAGCGGGAAAUGAAAGCACAGUCGAAUUUAAGGUCCUCAUAUCAAAGGCACAAGAAAAGUUCCUUGCUGGAUUCUUGCGAGACUCGGGGAUUGAUUUGAACAGCGCUCGUUUACCUUCGAUCACCGGCCAAAUUAUAGCAGCAUCGCUGCAGGAUCUAGUGCGCAAUGACGAGUUGACAUUAGAUUCACCCAGUGGAUCAACACCGGAUAUUCUGUCGAGUUUGAAGGCUAAGGGCCUUUUAAAUGAAAAUUACGUGACUUCUGGAGUUGACUUUGUAGGCGCAUUGCGUCGCGACGACGAGAUUACCAAUGAGGACGCUAUAUCUCGCAUGCAACGUCUCUUUUCCAACAUUCGCAUGGAUAUGGAAUCUGGAAAUGCCCAAGAGACAGAUGAAGCAGACAACUCAAGCGAUGAUGACGACGACGACAACCUUGCAAAUACAGAAGCCAUGAACUAUUUCCGAGACCAAAACGUAGACAUUGACGAAGACGACUUUUUCGAGUACUUCGUCACCGAAGCGCUCAAAUUGAAACAAAGCGACCUUGAGGAGCUUCGUCAGAAGGGAAAUCCAGGCAUAAACAGCUCACCGCCAAACCAAGAAGAAAGGGAAAUGCUUCAAGAACUCGAGAGCUUAUUCGGUCUAGGAACUAAAACCGAUAGUGGUAAGUUCUCUGAUAGUGUUCCAGCAGAUCUUCUAGAAGCAAGAAACUCGGACCCACCCGCGUAA